UGGCGGAUGACGGUGAUAGAAGCAGCCCCUCCUUUUUUAUUCAUUUGGACCUUUGAAGUGUGAAGUAGUCCAAAUUACAGGAGUCUGUCAUCACCACACCCAGACCGCAGGAUUAAGCCCAUUGGUUUCGACCUUGUGUCUGCCAGGAAACCCAUCGACCGCUUUACUUUUACCUUAUAAUUAUUUUUUGACAAGUCGGAAGCGUCUGUAUACCUGCGCGCAGCACAUAGAGCCUCCUGCCUGUCUCUCUCUCUCUCUCUGUGUCUGUCUGUGUGUGUGUGUGUGUGUGUGUGUGUGUCUGUGUGUGUGUGCGUGCAGCUCUCUGAAAUGGGGAACAGCAAACCUUCAACGCUCCUCUCACUCAUCGGUGUCAUGCUGCUCUGGCCGUAUGUUCUCACAAAGAGCGUCUCAUCCAGCUCUUCUCUCACUGCAGUUCAGGGAGAAGAGCGCCCUCAUGUGGUGAAGCGGUCAACACAGAAAUGUGAAAGCACAUUUGAUAAAUACUGUCUGAACAACGGCCUGUGCAUGCUGCUGGUGGACAUCAACGAACAUCACUGCAAGUGUGAGGAUGGCUUCUACGGUCCCAGGUGUGGAAACCUGGAGCUGGUGUUUCAGCCAAUGGCAGAAGAGCAGAUCCUCCUCACUGUUUUCUGUGUGAUUCUGCUGAUGAUCGGUCUGGCUGGAGCUCUGUACUUCUGCUGCAAAUGGUACAAGAAAAACAGAUUCUCACGUCCCCCAAAGCGGCAGGGCUACAAAGGCGUCCAGUGUGACUCGAUCCCGUUGCAUCAACCUCUCUAAAGGCAAUCUUGAAUUUUUACCGGACAAGCUUUUUUCUUAGUGGCUGGUUACUUGAUUUUCUCUCUCACAUCAUAUAUCCUCUGAUAAAACAUUUAAGAAGACAGUUUGGCAAAAAGUUCCUGUGGGUGACACCGCACACAGUAAUGGUGGGUCAUUAAAGAAAUAUGGACGUAGGCACAAUUGGGAACAUUUCUAACCCCUGUAGUAAUACUUUCUCAUAGAAAUUCACAGAUAUGCCCAGAUGAGCAAAAGGGCUAACAAUGAUUGGCAUACAUUUGAUAAUUACAAAUAUAUAUAUUUGUAGCUAUUAUGGAAAUACAAAAUAGUCAUUACAAUCACAAGUGCUGCAGUAUAUUUUUAAUGCCUUCUUUUUGUAAUUGUAUUUUAUCAAUUUUUGCAUUCAUAACUGCACUGUAUUUAUAUCUGAACUGUUUUGAAUAUCUUCUCUUAUUUUAUUUAUCUUUAUUUCUGUCUGGUAUUUCUAAAAGCCCACCUGGACAGGUGUGUAAACACUAAGAGCAGUGCAUCUGGUUCAUGGUUAGACAUUUUUUUUAGUCAGAAAAAAAACCAAGUUAUUGUUGAUAAUUUAUUGAUAAUGUCUACACUGGAAUCUGUUACUCAUUGAAUAUCUCAUUCUGUAUGAAUUUAUUUGACGUUUUAUUUAAGUCUGUCUAUUUUAAAACAUGUCUGUGCUCUGAAGGGCACGUGAAUCAAAGUCUCUACAUUCUUCAGUUGCUGUUUUUUUUUUUUUAUGUGAUGCAAAGUUUUGUUUGUUAAAGGAAACAAAAAAGUGUAUUAAAGAUCAUACAUUUCAAACAG